AUGGGGGGUGCCGGCGCAAAACCGCCGGCAAAAGAGGUAGUGAAAGGUGGAGUCUUCGUGCACGGCGGAAUCGCUAGCACCAGCAGAGGAACUUCUGCUAAAAUUAUGAAGGGAUCCACAGGGGGCAUUAGUAGGGGGGCUUUAGCUAGAAAGCUGAAGUCGGACCGUCGACUGGCAACAAAAAUCGUAGAGCGCUACGGGGGCAAGCAUGCUGGUCAGGUAUCUGAGCAGCAUGCCAACACGCUGGAAUGGGCUAAGAAGGUCCUGAGUGAGAGCGAGACCGACAGGGCUCCACUCGAAACGAAGGGACCCGAACCAGCGUGCAAGAGUGCUUGGUGUGCUAGACCGCAGCAGGGGGACGGCGCCAUCUCUCACGAAGAGUGGAAGAGAGUAGCGGCAGCUAUUUCGUCAGUCUUCCUCAGGGUGGUUGAGGGAAACCCGGGACCACCCCCAAAAUGUGUAAGUGCCGGUUGGCAUCAUGGGCUGCAUAAGCUGACAAGGUGUGCCGAUGAAAGAUCGGCCAUCUUAUAUAAGGAGGCAGUAUCUCAGGUGGGGGAGGUUUGGAAGGGAGCCAGACUGGAGGCCGUGGACAAAGCGGACCUUCCUCUUCGCCCUAGCGCUCGCGUCUGGCUGCCGGCUGAACCUUCCACUGCUAAUGAGAUUGAGGAAAUCCUCAAGUACUGCAACCCCUCUCUCCCCACGCAUGACUGGAGGGUUAUAAGGCUGGAGAGAACUGAUGAACCCUAUCGUCAAGCGUUGAUAAUGCUUAACGAGGAGUCCAUCGGUCCUCUCAGUAAAACCAAGGGAGCCAUUAGCUAUGGUUUCGAAAUGGUUGUGCUAAAGGUACUCCCAACGGAUACCAGGGCUGAUGGCACCCAAGCUGCAGAUGCAGGGGAGAAGGCAGACGGCGUUAGCGAUGGUCAAGCGACCAUCGAAAACGACCCAAACCUCUCGGACGUGGCGAGUUCUGAAGGCGGUUCGUCGAUUGGCGAUUCCGUUUUCAGUCUCGAAAAACUGUUUGAGGAGGUGAGGGUCGAUCACGACAUGAGCGCUGAACUGGCGCUGCUAGAGGAGAGUCUGAAGAAUGAAAUUCCUCCAGACUAA